CAUUUCCAUUUAUUUUUGCAUGCAUAUCGUACGUAUAAAUUUGCAUCAACAAUCGGAGACGACGCGCUCAUUUCAGGUACCGGAUAACGUCAAAUUAUGAUUGAAAACGUGUAGACUAUGAGCUUAAAGUACCUAAUCUGCCCAGCAUCAUUCCUGCAACUAGCUGCCUAAUGCCAAGAGAAAAAAAGACUACUAAAAGACUCCGCACUGCAUCAACAGACAGUGAGCGCGAGAACACUGACAGCAGUAAGGGGUCGUCUACAAGCCAGCCACCAAGUCCGACGAAGAAACGCAAGAAACCUCCCGGCUUAAAGGGGCCCGGGAGUGGUUCUGCUGGAGGCAAUCUGGCUCCCCCACCUACCCCUAGUGGUGACAACAUCAUAGCCUCCAACCCAUUUGAGGACGACCCCAGCGGGGCGACAGCAACCGCUCGGGGUCUCAACUUACUAACACGCCGUCUCGGCCGCACGGCGGCCAUGAACAAUCAGUUUGGGCCUUACGGCAACUCAUUUCAUCACCAACAUGGCAUACCACCGGGUGGAGGGCCGUACCCCAACAACAUGGCCAACAGUCACAACUCCAACGGCCCUAUGCCUCCUAUGAUGUACAGUAAUCCUCAGACUCUUUUCCCUUGUGGGAUCUGCCAUCAGCAGGUCCAAGAUUCAGAAGACGCGGUCAUCUGCGUCAGUAGCUGCCACACGUGGUUCCACCGCAUCUGUACAGGUAUGACAACGACAGCCUACACGUUGCUCAACUCGGAACAUGCGGCCGAAUGGGUUUGCGAUCGAUGCGUACGAGAGAAGAAGAUACCUCUGGUAAGGCUCAAGACGCAACCGAUCUCGUAGCUCGUCUCUUCUUUUAUUUGAUUAUGUUUUGUAUAUAUUGGAUUAUCACCGGAGGCAUUGUUGAUCCCAGAACGCACAGAUCCUUUAAUGCCUGUUGCACAAGAGGGGUCAUUUUGAUUUCAUUAUUAUCUGCGCUAUCAAGCAAUUUACUGCAGUGGGGCAUCGUUCAUUUUGCAGUCAUUUUUUAGAUGAUGUCAUCUUCGCACGGUGCAUCAAAGAUUGUGCCAGUAGCAGUCAUACCUCUGGCAAAGGAUGCCUCCUGUGCAAUCGGCAUUAUUGGUGAACACAAUGUAAAAUGUAAUGAUUAUGGUUCUACUUGUUUGAAUAUGUUACAACUAGUAUUAGUAAGGUCACCAACGUUCCUGUCGCGUAAUCUGGUACAUGUCAUAAAUUCUUUUUUUAUAGAAUGUUUUUUUACUGAUAUUUAUUUUCUGUGUCUAGGUGAUGAGCAAGUUUGCUCUACCAUAUUACAUUUGAUACACUUCUAUUAACUAAUAACAUCUGUUGAGAGCCAGAAGGGC